AUGCAUUCAAAACCACAAAAAAGGAAAGGUAGUCCUGUAAGAGAGGAAUCUUCAUCGAAACGCCCAACAUUACAAGAAGCAUCGACAUCAGCAGAAUUCUCAUCAGAUCCAUCCAAAGUAAUUAAUGAACCAACUGCACUUAUAGAAAAGCUUACUACAAUAAAAGCUUUAAUGCAAGCAUUUGAAGGAAGAAUUAAAUCUAUACGCUUAAAUAAUGAUGAUAAUUUUACUGAUAUAGGAGAUUAUUUAGAAUCGAAGCGAAAGGCCUUUUUGGAGUUGAUUUCCGAAGAACUUGAAAAAACAAAUCUAAAGGUGAACGUUCUUCUCAUGUGUCUGUAUGAUAAAUUGUCAAGUGGUGGUGUGGUUACAGAAGAAAAAAAUUUUAAAACCAGGAACUGCAUCAUCGUACCCUCGACAGAUUUGAACGAGGUAUUCGACAACAAAAAAGAUAAACUCCUGGCCGAAUCUUCCGAAUUCGAAGAAAAGGACAGUGGUUGGACUCUUUCCAAAAUACUCUAUUUGGAAGUAAGAAUAAAUAAAUACAAUCCUCUACACGGCUCUACAUUUAUUAAGCUUCCAGAAUUUAUUGAGAAGAAAAAAGCUGUUAUAAAUGUGAGAAACAAUGAUAGCAAAUGUUUUAUGUGGUCGGUUCUCGCCGCCUUGCACCCACAGAUCGAUAACGCCCAUAGAGUCGAAAAAUAUGCGACUUUCGUAAAUGAACUGGACUUUUCUGGUCUUGAGUUUCCGAUAAAACUUCAAGAUGUAUUCAAAUUUGAAAACAAAAAUAACAUUUCUAUAAAUGUAUAUGGAUUUAAUGUCAAAAACAUUUUUUACCCCUUGUAUAUCACCAAAAAGGAAAAGGAAGUUCAUAUUGAUUUACUGUUUAUAACUUCUUUAACGACAUCCCAUUAUUGUUACGUCAAAAACUUAUCACGACUUUUAACAUCACAAUAUUCCUCCCACGACGGCAAAAAAUUUAUCUGCCGAAGGUGUUUGCAAUUUUUUACAGCAGAAAGAAACUUAAAUGAGCACAGAUUGAACUGUGAUAGUCAUGAGGCAGUCCGUGUUUUAAUGCCUACAGAGAAAGAAAAAUGGAUUCAUUUUAAGAACUUUAAGCAUAUACAUAAAAUACCAUUCGUAAUUUAUGCUGAUUUUGAAUGUCUAACCAAACCUAUAGCUUCAUGUUGUCCAAAUUCACAGAGUUCCUACACGGAAUUAUAUCAAAAGCAUGAAGCUAUAAGUUUUUGCUACUAUGUAUCAUAUUUUGGUAAAGAAUAUAAACCUCCAGUAGUCUCUCGUGGUGCUGAUGCCGUACCCGUCUUCAUGAGGAUGCUAUAAGAUGAAGCUAAAUUAAUCGAAUCCAAAUAUAAGAAUCCUUUACCAAUGUUUCCUUUAACAGAUGCUGAAUUUGUAGCAUAUACAAUGGCAGAAACUUGUUAUAUGUGUAACCGACGCUUCACGGAAUCUAAUUAU